AUGCCGUCCGGCAUGCCCAAAAUGACUCGCUGUGCGCCUGGUACUAAGAGUCACGGACCUGACGAAGUAUUGGACGUGGCGUACCUGCAAGGACUACUCGGCGAUGUAAGGACGGGAAUCCAAAAUGGGAAGGGGAGAAAGCGGGAGCUGUCGGAUCAAAAUGCAAAGCUUCAAAAAUACGUCAAAAAUCUCAGACGGGAGGAGGAAGAGCUGCUUGCAAAGAUCGACUACAUAAAAAAUGAGCUCUGUAAAGAAAAGUCACGAGCAGCGUGGCUAAAACAACAUUCAAAGAGGUCAAGCGAGUCCCGGUCGAUGGGGCAAAAUUCCAAUGGCUUCCAGCACUUCUUGCCGGACAACCACUGGAUUCACCACUCGUCUUACCCAAAAAAUCGAGUGUUUUCUCCAGCGCCAUAUAGUCAGGGAAACACGUACCAUUUUCAACAUCCACCAGUGCCACCACAUCCACCACCGUCAAACUACGUUCCCAAUCCCCACUAUCCUCAGUCAGGAAACCCACUGUACAAUGGCUUUCCUGGCCCUCAAUAUUACCCAGGAAGGAUGGGAGUGCCACAAUACGGCUAUUGA